UCACGAUAAAUAGAAGCCUCAAAAGUAAAAAAAAUAUUUCAAGAAACAAAAUGCAUGCAUGAUUUGCAACCACAUGACAAUGACUAAUGUACCCCUCAAAGUAUAUCUGAAAGAAAAAGGUAGCUGCUUUUUCUUUUGCAAAAUUUAUCAUCAAACUUUUUGUAAUUAAUCAGAGUUUUGGGUAAGAUUUAAACUGUUGUCCAAAGUGCCCCAAUUAUUUCAAUAUAAAUAGAAGAAUAACCACUCAUUAUUUUCCACAACUUAGUAAUAUUUCCUAAUUUUCAAAAAAUCCAAAUUUACAAUUUCCAAAGUAAAUACUUAGCUGAAGAUAUAUGGCAGGUUUAUCAGGACAAUGGGCUUUUGCAUUUGGACUACUUGGAAAUAUCGUCUCAUUCAUGGUGUACCUAGCUCCAAUACCAACUUUUCGUCAGAUAUACAAGAAAAAAACAAGUGAAGGAUUUCAAUCGAUUCCAUACGUUGUUGCUCUAUUCAGUGCCAUGCUGUGGAUAUACUAUGCAUUUCUCAAGUCCAAUACCACCCUUCUCAUCACUAUAAAUUCCGUUGGAUGUUUAAUCGAGACCGUUUACAUUCUACUCUUUAUUUUCUACGCGUCAAAGAAGGCAAGGGUACAAACGGUGAAGCUACUCGUUUUGCUUAUGGUUUGUGGAAUGGGAUUGGUCGGUGUCACUCAGUUCGUUGUGAAAGCGUCUGAACGUGCAAACGUUGUUGGAUGGUUUUGUCUGAUUUUAUCUUUGUGCGUCUUCAUUGCGCCUUUAUGCAUUGUGAGACAAGUGAUACAAACGAAGAGCGUCGAACAUAUGCCGUUCCUUCUUUCGUUAUUCCUUACACUUAGUGCCAUUAUGUGGUUUUUCUACGGCCUAUUGCUCAAAGAUCAUAACAUUGCCCCUUUAAAGAAUGCUUUUGUUGAGGCUUCUCGGUUGACCGGAUUGUCUACUAUCAAUAUUCGAUACGAGGAGGGAAAUUAUUUUCAAGUUGCGGUCUACAACGGCUCGCCAAUGUUAGUCGUCUAUUACCUUAGGUUGCUACUUAACAUUCAAAGGGGAUGCACGUGCUACGAGGACAUCAGAAAAGUUUUUGACAUCGUCUACCCUACGUUCAGGGAUGCAUGUUAUGUGUUGGGUUUGCUAGAUGACGACAAAGAAUACAUAGAUGCAAUAAAAGAAGUGAAUACUUGGGCAUCGGGGGAUUAUAUAAGAAGGUUAUUUGCGGUUAUGCUGCUUUCCAAUAGCUUAAGUCGGCCCGAACAUGUUUGGCAAAGUUGUUGGUUGGAUUUGGUUGAGGGUAUUGCUUACAAACAACAACGUCUUCAUAAAAAUCCAGAUGAACUGGAUUACGACCGGUUUGAAAUGGGUAGAGAACUUCAACAGUGUCUUGCUUCCAUUACAGAUGAGCAAAGAAAGGUUUAUGAUGUAGUCAUGGAUGCAGGAGAGAUUGUAAUUAACGUUGCAUCGAGUGGUAUAGCAUCGUUAUUGCUCCCCGGUGGAAGAACAGCUCAUUCUCGAUUCGGACUACCCAUAAAUGUACAUGAGAGUUCCACCCGCAGCAUAUCGCAACAAAGUCCACAUGCAGAGUUGCUCAUAAGGGUAAAGCUUAUUAUAUGGGACGAGGCUCCUAUGAUGCAUAGAUACUGUUUUGAAGCCCUUGACAAGACAAUGAAGUCAAUAUUACAGGCUGACAAACCCUUUGGUGGUAAGGUGGUUGUUCUUGGAGGUGAUUUUAGGCAGAUUUUACCAGUUGUGCUCAAAGCAUCAAGGCAGGACAUAGUACAUGCUACGAUAAACUCCUCUCCGCUGUGGAAUUUCUGUCGUGUCAUGAAGUUGACUAAGAACAUGAGAUUGCAGCCAUGCUCUUCUCCAUCUAAUAUGGAUGAGAUAAAAGAAUUUGGAGACUGGAUACUGAAUGUUGGUAAUGGGGAUGUUGGGGAAGACAAUGAUGGUGAAGCUUCGAUAGAGAUUCCAGAUGACAUGUUGAUUGGUGAUUCAGAAGAUCCAUUCAGAGACUUACUCGAAUUCGUUUACCCGGAUUUGUUGAGUAACAUGUACGAUCGAGAUUAUUUUCAAGGGAGGGCGAUUCUUGCACGAACUAAUGAAUGCGUCGAGUCUGUGAACGAUCACUUAAUGUCUAUCCUUCCAGGAGAGGAUAAGGUGUACCUGAGCUCAGAUAGUAUGUGUAGGGACGAGCACACAACAGAGGAUAAUGCAGAAAUUUAUUCGACUGAAUUCCUCAACACAAUAAGAUGCUCCGGAGUUCCUUCUCAUGCGUUGAGGAUCAAGGUUGGUACACCCGUUAUGCUAAUAAGAAACAUCGAUCAAGCUAGAGGAUUGUGCAACGGUACCAGACUUCAAAUUAUUAGAACUGGCAUUCACGUUCUGAGUUGCAAAAUUCUUUCCGGAAAAAAUAUCGGUGACAUGGUGUUCAUUCCUCGGAUGACUUUAAUACCAUCUAACUCCGGACUGCCAAUUAAAUUUCAGAGAAGACAAUUUCCGUUGAUUGUUUCUUUUGCAAUGACGAUAAAUAAAAGCCAAGGCCAAACUCUUUCGCAUGUUGGUUUGUAUCUUUCUAGGCCUGUCUUCAGCCAUGGUCAACUAUAUGUUGCAGUGUCCAGAGUUAAGAGCAGAGGUGGCAUUAAGAUAUUCAUCAAGUCGGAUUCGGGUGAACUCACCAAUGUUACUAGAAAUGUCGUGUACAAGGAAGUAUUUCAUCGAAUUUUAAGGUAG